AUCCACUGUUGGCCUCAGCGGGCGCAUCCUGGGCACGGCGCAGGGCCCUUUGGGCUCUGACCGGAUACCCAUCACCAUCACCACAUCUUUGGAUGCUCUCCCAGCCAGCCAUGCUGCUAGGUGGCCUCCUCCUCACUGUGGCCACCAUGACAACAGCCCAGCGGAGGGGAAAGGAGGCCGGAGGGCGCCGCCGGGCACACCGAGUCCAGUAUGGCCAGUGCAGCUACACCUUCGUGCUGCCUGAGCCCGAGCCCUGCCCUCCAGAGCCUGAGGCCUUCAGGGGCUCCAACAGCCUCCAGAGGGACUCGCCAGCCCCUGCACUGAACCUAGGGGACUGGCCUACCAAGCGGGUGCAACGCCUGGAGAAGGUGCUGGAGAACAACACACAGUGGCUGCAGAAGCUAGAAAGGUACAUCCAAAGGAACUUGAGGCCGGAGCUGGCGCAGUUACACCAGCAUAUAGUCCAGAACCAGACGGCCACCAUGCUGGAGCUGGGCACCAGCCUCUUGAACCAGACCACUGCCCGGACCCGCAAGCUGACUGACGUGGAGGCUCAGGUACUGAACCAGACAUCAAGAAUGAAGAUUCAGCUGCUGGAGACCUCACUGUCCACCAACAAGCUGGAGAAGCAGCUGUUGCUACAGGGCCAUGAGCUCUACCAGCUGCAGGACCACAACAGCGCGCUGGAGUCGCGGGUGCAAGCGCUGGAGACGCAGCAGCAGGCGGAGCUGGCCAGCCUCCGCGGGCAGAAGGAGCAGCUGCGGCGCCUGCUGAGCCGCCAGAACGGCGCCCUCGCCAACCUUGAGCGCAGCCUGCGUGCGGCCAGCAGCAACUCCAACCUCCUGCAGCUCCAGCAGCACCAGCUGCUGGAGUCGGUGCAGCACCUGUUGCGCCUGGUGGCCCAGGGCACCGCCUCCAUUAUGGCAGCUGAGCAGGUGUUCCAGGACUGUGCAGAGAUCCAGCGCUUCGGGGCCAAUGCCAGUGGCAUCUACACCAUCCAUGUGGCCAAUAUGACAGAGCCCAGGAAGGUUUUCUGUGACAUGGAUACCAGUGGAGGUGGAUGGACCCUCAUCCAGCGCCGUGAGAAUGGCAGCGUGAAUUUUCAGCGGAAAUGGAAAGAUUAUAAACAGGGCUUCGGGGACCCGGCUGGGGAGCACUGGCUGGGCAACGAGUUGGUGCACAAGCUCACCAGCAGGGCAGCCUACUCUCUGCGUCUGGAGCUGCAAGACUGGGAAGGCAACAAGGCCUAUGCCCAGUAUGAGCAUUUCCAGCUGGGCAGCGAGGAGCAGCUGUACAGGCUUUCCCUGAGCGGGUAUAGCGGCUCAGCGGGGCGCCAGAGCAGCCUGGUCCUGCAGGGCACCAACUUCAGCACCCAGGACGCAGACAAUGACAACUGCCUCUGCAAGUGCGCCCAGAUGUUGUCCGGAGGGUGGUGGUUUGAUGCCUGUGGCCUCUCAAACCUCAACGGCAUCUACUACCCAGCUCACAACCACGUCCGCAAGCUCAACGGGAUCCGCUGGCACUACUUCCAGGGCGCCAGCUACUCACUGCGUGCCACUCGCAUGAUGGUGCGUCCUGCCGACAUCUGACGGCGGCUGCGCGUGGAGGCUGGACCCACACGAGGAGACAGGACUCAGUAUUCCCUGGACAAGCAGAGCCCAAACACAGGACACAGCGCCAGGGCCUG